UUUUUUAGGGCUAACACCCUGCGGAAGUGUUGCAACCAGCUGUAAGGCUAUUUUCGCAACAAGUCAUAAUUAAGUUUUAAUGAGGCUAUGUUACAAAAUGUAUGUUGAAAUAUUCCUUUAGCCACUGUAAUAAUUGUAUAUGUGGUUCGGUUUACGCCUCAGUUCGUUUAGCCUUUCUCCUAGCUUGCUAGCUGCUAACGGUAGCAUAGCUAUCAGAUGACACAAAGUUAGCUUUUCCUUUCUUUUAUUCAGGUUUCUUAGUGGGAGACCACUUCUGUCAGUUCCUGUCACUUUCUUAUGUGUUUGACAGGAACGAACAGAGCCAUCCCAACCGUAUUAGCUUGAAUAUUGGACCGACUUUUAGCAAAUAAAUGGCCGCCGCUGCCCCCUCUCCACCAGUGUCUGGCUCCACCGUCUCGGCUCCUGAAAACUCCGGCCCGGGAUCCAGUAGCUCGGCAGCGGCCGACGGAGGCAGCCAGGACAGCACCUUUGAAUGCAACAUAUGCCUGGACACAGCGAAGGAUGCCGUGAUCAGCUUGUGUGGCCACCUUUUCUGCUGGCCAUGUUUGCAUCAGUGGUUGGAGACUCGACCCAACAGACAAGUGUGUCCGGUGUGUAAAGCUGGCAUCAGCCGGGACAAAGUAAUCCCCUUGUAUGGGAGGGGAAGCACGGGUCAACAGGAUCCUAGGGAAAGGACGCCCCCUCGACCACAAGGACAGAGACCAGAGCCGGAAAACCGUGGUGGAUUUCAGGGAUUUGGCUUCGGAGAUGGAGGUUUCCAGAUGUCCUUUGGAAUCGGUGCCUUCCCGUUCGGUAUUUUUGCCACGGCUUUUAACAUCAAUGAUGGACGACCUCCUCCAGCUCCUGGGACGCCGCAGCACACAGAUGAACAGUUCCUGUCUCGACUCUUUCUGUUUGCUGCUCUGGUCAUUAUGUUUUGGCUGCUGAUUGCAUAAAUGCAUGGGGGGAAAUGACAGAAGUGCGGCUUUGUGAGGUUUCCGUCUCUUAAUCUUUGGCAAAGUUUGGACAUUUAAACAGCAGGUAUGAUAAAUGAACAGGCUAAAGGUUAAAGCUGCAGACUUUUUGCUGCUCCGAAGGAAAAAAUGCAUGUGAAGAUCGGGAAGUUGUGUAUUCUCUUCACUUCUUGCUGCAAAAAUCUCAGAAAUGAAUUAAUGAAAAAAAUAUAUAUUUUGACUCACUGGUUGAAUAACUACUUUGUAAUCUGCACAAGAGCAACCAGACAUUGACUUGUGAAUCUACAGCUAUUUAUUGUGAAGCAAAAAUAAUUUUUUGCACAAAACUUUAAUGCAACUUAAUGAUUCUAAUGAUUAAGAUGUUUGUUUCCUGGAGAAAUGACCAAUAAUACCUUUGUGUUUUUGGCCAAUAGCAGCUAAGCUAAACCAGUAUCUUAGCUGAUUUUUUUAACUUCUUUCAGAUGGAAGCGAAAUUCAAAGAACUUUAUUUCAAACAGUGUUCGUCUCCAGACUUUAUAAUCUUUUAUUUCUACUCCAGUUUCUGUAUUUCACUGUAAUUAUAUGUAAAAUAUUGUAGACUUCAUAAUCAAAAUGAAGAAUGGCUGCUGGAAAAAACA